AUGAGUUCUUCAGAUCGAAGUGAAGAUUUUUGGAAGAGAAAAAGCGAUGUGCCAUCACAAAUUUUCAAUACUUUGAUCGCUUGCCUUCCUAAUGAAUCCAAAGAACUUUUAUAUAAGAACGGUAUUUUCAUCACAACUCAAGCUUGGAAAUCAUUGUUUAACUAUGCAUCAUUUUGUAAAAAUCUUUCGAUUCGUGAAGUGGAUUUAAUGAUUCGUCAUUCCGUUGAAAAGCAACAAAAUUCAACUUCGCAUAACGUAAACUUUUACAAGUACUUGAUACUACAAGAGAUAUUAAAGAUGUAUAUGAGUCAAAUUUCAUCCUUAAAAUCUUUGGAUUAUGAUUUGGAAAUUUCAAAAACGGUUCAAAACAUACUUUUCACUUAUUUCCCUGGGGCAAAGAAUUGUUUAUCCAACCUAUCAGUAUUUAGCUGUGAUUCAAACAUUUGUUCCGAGUUUUUUUUUCAGUUAUCACAAAUAUGUCAAAAUAUUCAAUCAUUAACCAUCACGUUUGAAAAUGUCAUUUCAAACGGUUUGUCGGAUUUAAUUUCUUUGCAAAAGAAUUUAAGGCACGUCACAUUGAUAGCGGCUUAUGGGGGUGAGAAUGAUUGGACGGAAAUAAUAACUUCCUUGGCCAGAUUUCCUUUAACAAAACUUAAAAUAUUUGGGUAUGAUGCUUAUAUGCCGUUAUCAUUUCUAAGUACUUUCACAUAUUUACAAGAAAUUAUUUUAUCAUAUGAUGAUACUGAUAUAUUAGAUUUUCAUAAAUUACAAUAUGUCGAAUUUCCACAUUUACAGAUUUUAAAAUUUCAAUACGCGUUCCCAAAGGUUGAAAUGUUGAUUAAAUUCUUGGAAAUCAAUGGAAAGUAUUUAACAGAAUUUUAUGUUGGUUAUCAUAACAAUUCAUUAAAUCUAGCGGUAGCUAAAUCUUGUCCUAACCUUAAAAAGCUUUAUUUAAUAUUCAUGAAGAAUGAAUUAGAAACUUUAAAAUUGGUUUUUAAUAGUUGUCAACAUUUGGAAAGUAUAAAGAUAGUUUGCGGUGCGAAAUAUUUAAGGGAGAGAGAGAUGUUGGAUGUGGUUUCAAAAUACUCUCCGAAAAAUUUUUAUGAGUUAAAGGUGGAUAAUUAUACGCAAUCAAAGUUACUCCCGGAAGAGUUUGAAUCAUUUUUUACAAGUUGGAAUGACCGUAAACCACAAAAAUCUCUUUCUCUCAUCAUCGUAUUCGUAUUUAAUGACGAUAUUGGUUUAUACGUAAAUGAUGAGAAUAUGAAAAUAAUUGAGAAAUAUAGAAAGUUAGGCGUUAUUAGAAAACUUGGAACUGAAAGCUUUGAGGAAAUAUAG